GUUCUACUCUGUUAUCUGUGGACGUCUUUGACGUUUCAUUAUUUAUUGGGCAUCAGGGCUUCUUGAUGCCCAUUAGCAGUUUACUACACAGUUAAUUUUAUUGAUUAUUUAGUGAACAAUUAGUAAAUAUCAAUUUAGUUCAGAUUAUCACGUACAGUGUCGUCUUAAUGUACUAGUGUUCUUCAGAAGCCCUCUUUUAUAUACCCACUACAAAUUAUAAUGGACGAACAAACAAGAAUGUUGACACAUGGAGGACUCAUUGGAUCUCAUCCCUAUGGCUUGAAUAAUCACAACGAUGGAUCUAACGAGAAUGAUGGUGUUAAACAACAUGAUAUUCUCGACAUUUUGCAGCAGAUUAUGAGUAUCACUGACCAAAACUUAGACGAAGCCCAAGCAAGAAAGCAUACAUUGAACAGUCAUCGAAUGAAACCUGCUCUUUUUUCAGUCCUCUGCGAAAUAAAGGAAAAAACCGUAUUGUCUUUAAGAAAUGUACAGGAUGAUGAUCCUCCAGAUCCGCAGUUGAUGAGAUUGGAUAACAUGUUGAUAGCAGAAGGUGUCUCAGGUCCUGAAAAGAACUCGAGCCAAGCAAUAACAGGCGCUCAAAGUAUUCAGUCUGACAGUGCAAUAGAACAUUCAGAUUACAGAGCUAAAUUGGCUCAAAUUCGACAAAUAUAUCAGCAAGAGUUAGAAAAAUAUAACCAGGCAUGCACUGAAUUUACAAAUCAUGUUAUGAAUCUUUUAAGGGAACAAUCCCGCACUAGACCAGUAACACCCAAGGAGAUAGAAAGAAUGGUUCAAAUAAUCCAUAAGAAAUUCAGUUCUAUCCAGGUCCAAUUAAAACAAUCUACAUGUGAAGCUGUAAUGAUUCUAAGAUCUAGAUUCUUAGAUGCUAGGAGAAAACGAAGAAAUUUCAGUAAGCAAGCAUCUGAAAUACUGAACGAAUACUUCUACUCCCACCUUUCAAAUCCAUAUCCCAGUGAAGAAGCUAAAGAAGAGUUGGCACGAAGGUGUAACAUCACCAUAAGUCAGGUUUCUAAUUGGUUUGGCAAUAAAAGAAUUAGAUACAAGAAAAACAUAAGUAAGGCACAAGAAGAAGCUAACUUAUAUGCAGCUAAGAAAGCAGCAGGAGUUUCACCAUUUGGUGAUGGUACCCCUACUUCUAUGAUGUCUCCGGGUGCUGAUGGUGUUGGUUAUUCCAUGGGAAGCUCAUACGAUCAAAGCCCAGCAUAUGAUUCCCGAUAUGAUCCCAUGAAUUCACCUUAGAAAUCUCCAGUAUUGAUUUAAGGCUUUGUGGAGUCUUUUGUACUAGUAAUAUUAGUACUUUAAGGUAGCUUUUUGUUAGUUUAAACAUAUGAAUUCAAAGAAUGAGAAUUGAUGUCAGGAAAUUAUUUUGUAUUCAACUUAUCUGAUGUUUAAAUUGGAAUUUUUAACAAGUUUAUAGGCUAUUUGAUAAAUUUUUCAAAUCCUCUCGAAUUAUUUAGUGUUUUUUGUACACAUAAAUAUUUCUCAAAAAAGGUUGAUUCAACCCAACAUGGCUGCAGUGAUAUGACUUGGAUAUAUAAACAAUCUAGUGUUAUAAGAAAGUGUAUUUUUUCAUUAUUGUUUCAACUGUUUUCCUAUGAGAAAAUUAUUUCAAUAUGAAGUUUGGGGUUAGAAUUUAAUGUUGGUGUAGGUUUCGAUAAUUAUUCAGUCUACUACUAAAAUGAAUCUGUUCAAAUUCUCAAAAUAGGUAUCAUAUUUUAAUAUUAAAAUUCAUGGCAAAACACUUGAAACAAAGUAAUAAAAGUGCAAGUGGCACAUGUGUUUACUUCAAAUUGACGCCAUCAUAAGUUUUUAGACUUUUUUCUUGCAUAUCUUGUAACUUCGUCAAAUUAAUGUAUGUCGUUAUGAAAAAAAGAUUUUACUAAAAAGGACAAAUUUUAGACUGUCAAAUAGCCUAUCGCUUGAUACUUUAUUUAUUAUUUUUACACAGCAUUUUUAUAAGAUUUUUCUUAUUUAUAAGCUGACUUUAUUAUUUUUGCAAAUUGGACAGUAUUAAUGUGGAAGACUCUUGUGUUUAAUUCAAGACUUUUGUGGUAAUUAAGAUUAGUUAAGUGGUUUUGUUUUCAUUGCAGGAUCUUGUAGGAAAUGUUUUGAAUUUGUUGCAAUCAAAACUUCCAAAAAUUAUUUAGGGCCAUAACCGGCUCAAAAAUUAUGCUGCUUGUUUUUCUUUAGCUUUGUAAUAUAAUCAACUGUCUAUCAAGACUUGUUUCAGUGAUCAAUUUGUGCAAUAGCAGACAGAAAAAGUACUACAAGACAAACUACUGAAAACAAUUGAAAUAAUUUAUUUAUUUUUUAAAAUAAUUUAAGGAAAGUAAUUAGGUGUAAGAAAUUCUUCGAUAUUGUUGGUAUGGAUAAAUGAAUUUCUUUGAUCACUAUGUAUACGAAUGUAAUAAAACUGUAAACGGUUCAAAACACA